UCUCCUGGCGACCCCAGCCGCAAUCCUCUUGUUGACGAGAAGCCCUGGUUCCUUCCCAUAAAGUCCUCUAAUCUUCCGAUUCUCAUCGGGGAAGUCGCCGACGCAGCUUUCGCGACACGCUUCCGCCAGUUGCUCACGGACAACGCACUCAACCAUAUCCCCCGAAUCAGCUAUCCGGAAAAUGGCGUCAUAUCGGAACUUGCACAGUCCGAGUGCCCUCCACCAAAUCCUACUCAUGCACGAUUCCUGAUCCGGGUAGCCCUGAAGAGUCUUGAUGGCUGUUUCCACAUUGUGCAGAGUAGCUGUGUAUGGGAACUCCUUGAACAGUUUAUUCAUGCCCCUCAUUCGGUUGACUCUCUGCAUGAGUGCAAGCUCAGAGCAUUGUUCGCUCUGGGAGAGUUGUACCUGAGCCACGGCCAAGUGCAAGAGACCAGAACCCCCGGCCUAGCCUACUUUAGUCAUGCGAGCAGGGCGCAUGGCCUCCUUCAGGAACGACCUUGUAUCGAGAUGGUCGAGAUUUCUCUGCUUUUAUGUCUCUAUGCGCUGUGCGUCAACCGGCGACACUCAGCAUACUUCCUGGCAAGCUCUGCCAUACGCCACUGUGUAGUGAUGGGAUUGCACUUCAAUCUGCCCGACGCACAGUUCCCGGACAUGGAAAGUAAAGAACAUCUUAACCGAAUCUGGUGGACGGCAUAUAUAAUGGAUCAAACAAGUGCCUCCAUCAGCAGUCAGAUGGUCUCGGUUCCAGACGAUGAGGUUUUCGUUGAUCCCCCGUCUACGGCUAGACUUAUUGGCGGAGUUCAGGCGGAUUUUCAGGAUACUGAUUGCCUCUCGGCGAGGCUGCACCUGGCAAAGAUCACGAAAAAAAUGAUCAAGUCAGUCUAUGGGCGGGGUCAAACAAAGGAACCUUUCCUGCAACGAGUUCAACAUGCGUUACGAGACCUCAAGCAAUGGCUUGAGACCUUGCCGGCCGACAUCCAGAUGAGCUCUGAAUCCUCACACUCAAAGCCGGCUGCUGUUCAGUCCCUCCAUCUUGCUUUCAACCAGUCCAUGAUUCUGGCGACCCGGCCCGUUCUGCUGCAUACGUUGCGCAUGCAUAAAGAGGCAAAUGGAAACACCCCAAACACAGCAGAUCAGAUGAUAUCCAACAGCGUUCAAGCACUAGCAGAAGCAUGUGUCAGAUGUGCUCGACAUACAUACGCCACACUCGUUGAGUCCUGGAUCGAAGGCACCUUCCGGACUUUUGACUACUUCAAGACGCAAUACCUCUUUUCCGCAACCACGAUCCUGGCCAUAUCGAGCCUCAUCGGCGUUCCUAAAAGCUCCAAAGAUCGGGAAGACUUUGUCUUUGCUGGCCAGCUCCUCGGGAACCUUCGUGACUCUGGCAGCUUCGCAGCGACAGAGUUCUGUCGACAUAUUGACGCCAUG